AUGGUAGAGGAAGAUGAUUUUACAAUGUCGACUUUGUCAAUAACAUCGGCAACGGAUUCACGACCACAAACUGCGCGACAGGAUUCGGAAAACGAGGCAUUCACAUUUCAUAAUAUUGAGGAUUUAAUGGCGGCAGAUAGGAGUGAUAAUAAUGAUUCAAUUUCUUUGAAUUUACAGGGUUUCGAGCAAAAUAAUCGAGUGCAAUCUUUCGACCCUACAAAUUUACCUUCCCUUCCCCCUCCGACUGAUAGCAGCGUACUUUAUGCUCAUAGCGACAAUGGAGAUAAUCGAAGUGAAGGUUUGCUCAGUGCCGUGGACGCAAAGGCAAUGGAACGACACCUGGACAAUGUCGAAUCGAGUUUUCUUCCGAGUGUUUCACCAAUCGGUAUACACGACAAGGCUGGUGCUGAUGAUACAUAUCUAUUUGAUGCGGAUCGGAAUGGUGGAAAGCCCCCCGCAAUGGAAACACAAACGCCCAAGAAGAGCGUUUGGAGCAGUGAAAGUGAGGGAUUUGGUUCGCCCCCAACACCAGACGGUGCAUACAAAACUCCAGGUCCUGCCCCUCGAUACUCUGUGCAAGUAGAACACGAUGAUUCGGAACAAAUUGGGGACACGACAUAUCCUCUCGAGACCCUUUCGUCGUCUCCUACAGCCGCUGCUGCCGCGAGAACUAUAUCUCGAGCAAUGUCAAUGGCAAGUAUGGGGGAUAAUUUUGAAACGGCAUCACAAUCUCUCGCUCAAUCAAAGGAACAAUCAGACGAGGAGGAUAUGGAAGCGACACCGACAAGAUCCCGCCAAAAUUUACGUGCAUUCGCCGAAUCGGCAAAUGACAGCUCAAGCCUGCACCAUGAAUCGUCGAAUCGGAGCUUAAACCAGCAUUUGACGGUUGAUGCCGGUACGACUCCAGGGGCCUCGCUCUCCAUACGAAAUGCUUCUAGACCUAAAUUCCUUACCAGUCGACACUCAAGUCAGCGAUCUUCUGUUUCUUCUUUUAUCACGAACACUGAACACCAUGACGAUCGAAGCGACGCUACACUGGGUGCAGAUUAUGCUUUGCAAUCUGGGGGUGCGGCUCCUUCAAGAGGAUUAUCGCGGAGUGGGAGCAUGACGUUAUCUAGGACUAUAAGCUUGGGAAGUAUGGCAUCCGGUAUUGACGAGAGUGUUGAUUCAUACGGAAGAGUGGAGGGACCACUAGCGACCCUUGCUGAAGAAGGUUCAAUUCGUGGGAGGAGUGAACAUCAAACGAAUUCUGCCCCCGAGACACCUCGAGCAUCUAGUCGACCAAUGGACCCACCCACCGAUACAAUCAUUGCACGCCACGUUCGCAAUGUCCACGUACCUGAAUCAAUGGCUAAAGACUUUCGUACCAAGCACGGUGUGCAUGCACCCAGUAAGUCUGCAAAUCUUGCGGCAUCUGCUCUAGGUCACCGAAAUGGUAAGAAUCUCACCUUGAAGGAACAGAGCAGCACAAUCGAAAGGUUAUCGAAGGAGAACUUUGAUUUAAAAUUGAAAGUCAUGUUUCUCAGCGAUAGAUUAGACAAACUUUCCGAGGAAGGUGUCAAGGAAAUGAUUUCUGAGAACGUUGAACUCAAGACAGGUCUGGCGGUCAUGCAGAGAGAUAACAAAGCUCUUCGGAAAAAGGCAAAAGACCUCGAGAAACAGCUCAAAGAUGACGAGGACCGACCAUCUACAGCUCGAUCGGGUACAUCUACAGAAGGUAGUUCGAGAUGGUAUCAGGAAGGCGCAUUCGAACGGGAAGAGGAGCUUCUCUACUUACGAGAGAAGGUCGAGGAAUAUGUGACAGAAAUCGAACGGCUGAGAAACGAAAGUCUUGCUCGGGAAAACGAGAAGAGAAAUCUCGCAGAGUUAGUUCGGACAAUUGGGGAGAGACGAGGUCAGAAUAUUGAGACACGAGAAGAAAUGGAUGUUUGGAAAGAUCUUCUUGAGCAAGAAACUGCGCGCAGAGAACAAAGCGAUGAUGAGAUCAAAACACUCCGAGAAGAGAUCUUCCGAAUGAAAUCUGAGUCGACAGCUGGAGGACAUGGAUUGAAUCAUACGACUAAUAUUUACAAUAUUACGAAGAAACGUCUUUUAUCACCUUCACGACCAAAGUCCGAGAUGUCUGAUCGUACGCAAGAGGACAGGAAUGGUACAUACAGUUCGGCAAGCACGUUGGCCGAGGAGAUUCGACGAGACAAUGAGCAACUUCGACAUGAGAAUGCAGAGCUAAGACGAGAAGUAGGAGCACAGACAUCAAUGUUGACUUCACGGAAUCGCGAAAAGGAAAGACUUUACCAAGAAAUCGAGGACUUGAAACUUGGUCAGAGGAGAGGAGAUACUUCGGUGGCUGGGGAAAGUAUUUUCGAACGAUCUGCAUCACGAGCACACGAACGAUCACUAUCCAGAACCAGUGCAGGCACAAGGCAAACAAACAUGGAUGAGGCUGAGCGUGAGGAUUUCGAAAAUAAGCAAGCCGAACUUCGAGACAGAAUCAACAGCCUAAAAAUCCAAAAUCAAAUUUUACAACGUGAGGUAACAUCUUGUCAGAAAGAUUUUGAGACGGCCGUUUUGCAUAAAAAUGAAGCUGAGAGAUUAGCUCAACAAUUGCAGGAAGAUUUGGAAGUCACCGACAGCGAUUUACUCACAAUGCAAGCCGAACGGGACGAAGCACUUCGAGGCCAGGAGGAAACUGAAACGAUGUUUCAUUCAUUGCAAACAGAAGCCCAACAAGAGCUUGAUGGGUUUUCUGCAGAGCUAGAAGAAGCCAACGCGGUAAAUGAGCGUCUUCAGGCUGAACUCGCUGAUGAGAAAGAGAAUUUCAUUGCCCUCCAGAAUGAGAUGAGAGAAGUGAGUGACAUUGUUCUCAAGUUGGAGGAUGAUCACGACCAAAAAUCCAAAAAGAUUUACGAACUCGAAAAGGACUUAGAUGACGCCAGUAGAGAGCUUGAGGAAAUUGAGAAGAAUUAUGUCGACUCCAAUAAAAAGGUCGACCGACUGAAUGUUCAACAAGAAUCGAGCCAAAACGAGAUUGCAUUCCUUCGGGAAGAACAAGAUGGAGACAAGAUUAAGAUCGGUGAUCUUGAGGCCGCAAUUCGAAAUUUGGAGCACGCUCUUCAGGAAGAACAAGAACGUGCCAGAGAACUUGAUGAACGUCUUGAUGAGGAGAGACAUCAAAGAGAAGUUGUUGCUGGCCAGGAAAAACAAGAGAUUCAACAAUUCGUUAAUGAUCUUAACCGUGAAGCAACGACUGCCAAGGACGAAGCUCGGAGAUUACGAAAGAAUCUUACUUCGAGGGAAGUUGAGGCCGCAGAGUGGAAGCAAAGACUUUUGGAGCUUGAGAACAAUCUUAGGGAAGCACUUGGUGAUCUUAAUGGCACCAGGUCAAGUCUGUUAAAUUCCAUCGCAAAACUUCAACGCGAACUCGAAAAUACCAUUCGUGACCUAGACUCCACCAAAGCGUCCCUUGCGGAAAAGGAACGUAUGAUCAAACAGCGUGACGACCUCCUGGAAUCUCAUGCUCUCGAAUCCCGUAAAUUAGCAGAUAUGCUGGACAAAGAACGCCAGACUCAUCGUCUCACCAAAAAUCAGUAUGAGACAUCCCAAAAGACAUCGUCGCAUACUACUCGAACUCUUUCGCAACAAGAAUCUCGUGUUCUCGAACUCGAAACAUCUCGUCAACAAGAUAGGAGAAAGAUAGCACAGCUAGAGAAUAAUUUCAAGGAACAACUUACUGAAAGAAAUAACUUGCUGUUGGGCUUGUGGGGAAGGCUGGCCAGUCUUUGUGGGACAGAUUGGUCUCACAAUAACUCACUUAUCAAUGGUCGUGCCCUACCGUCGCUAGAAGUAGUAUCAACAAUGUUUCCAGGUUUCGCAAAGAAUCUUCUAGCUGCUGUCAAAACCAUCGAAACCCUCGUUGGAGAUUUCAGGGGAAGAGUGAAGGAUUUGGAUAGACGACUAUGGAAGGAAUACUCGACACUGGAGAAUAGAUUUGAGAUGCAGUCUAAGAAGUUGGAUCGGUUAGAGACAAUGGCGAGGAGUGCGGUCCCGCUCAAUAGUAUGGACAGUAGGGCGGAGGUGGUGAAACUGAAAGACCUAAAUCGCAGCCUCAAGAGCGAAAUCUCGACUUUGAAGGCAGCAAAUGAAGUUAGAGCAGGUGCCUAUGAGACAUCAACAUCGCCUUCCCCAUCAGUUCAUACUGGUCCCCGCCGUAGGAUUGAUAAUUCAAGAUCCUCAACCAUGACCCGCCAUUCUUCCGCCUCGACUGUCGAAAACAUGGCACGCGCCGAGCCAUCCCGAUCCGGUGCUACUUCCAGUGCCAUGGCUAGAAUGGAAGGUGAAGAGGAAUACAAGCCAGAUCUACGGUGGCAAGUUAGGUUGCAGGAACUAGAGUAUAAGUUGAAGGCGGAGAGGGAAUCAAGGAAAUUGGAUCGAAUAAGUGCGGCGCAACGAUUAAGAGAGAAAGAAAGGGAGAAUAUAGAAUUGAUGGAGCAGAUGGAGAGGGGUCGAAUUAGGGAGGGAAGAAGUACUGGCUCGAGUAAAUGA